AGCUAAGAAGAUAACACCAACACGUUACAAAAAAACCCCAAAAAUAUUAACAGAAAGAAAAUACAAAAGUUACCAAGUUUGGGAUGCUGAUAGAUAAGUUUCUAUCGAAUGAGAACGGACUAGUCAAACCGGAGACCAUCUUCAGCAAACCGGACGAGAAUCACAACGAUCAUAUCCACAGACACGCAGAGUGCCUCAAACCAUAUGAUCCAGCAACUGCGCGCAAGUCAAUCAGUCGCGGACUGGCCUACAAAUUAUCCAUCGGCGGAAUAGUCAACAAAACAAAAAUCUCCCCGGCGGAACAGCAACAAAGCCCAUCAGAAGUGACAGACAUAACUGAUCCAGCACCAGCCAGCAGAAGUGAACAGACUCCAUCCGGUAGAACUGAGCCGAUUCCAUCCAGCAGAAGUGAGUUCACGCCAGCCAGUAGAACUGAACCGGCAAUGAAUUCGCGUGAAUCAGCGGCGGCUAACAAAAUGUACGGCAUUCCGGCCGGAAUUGACACGCUGAUGGAUGAAGAGGAUGAAGACCCGACGGUGAUUUAUCCAACCAUAAGUGCGGAUAAUACUGGUGGCAUUAGCAAUGCUGGAAACGGUCCCAGGGUUAACAACAACAGUGGCGGAGUCGGAUCGAAAAUUAACACUGGCCUGGGCCCUGGAUUCGGCAACGGUCCUGUAAGUGAUGCAAAACGUCAGACUUCCAGCGUAGUGAAGAACACGAGGCCACCGCAGACGUGGAAAGCGGGCAAAGCGAGCGCGGAUUUAGUGCCAGUUGAUCCUUCGAAAAACAUAUCGAAAGAAGUUCCAGCCAAAACGUGGAAAGCUGUUCGUUUCACUUCCACCAUUUCCAGGGGUUCAAACACGACGGCGUCGAUCCUCGUCACUAAAAGUGUCCAGACAGUCUCGACGGCCUACAAACUGCGACUGAAUCGAUGGCCCGUCUGGAGCAAUAACGUUGACGACGGAUAUUAUCACGGACGUCCAGUCGCGGUCGAAGACGUUGGUUACCACCAUCCACUUUGGAUGCGAAGGAUCUUGUCCUUCGUUUUCUCUCAGUUCGGUAUCGUCCUGUUUUUAACGAGCUGGAUCAGUGGUCACGCCGCCCUCUUCCAGCAUUUGGAGCAACAACCCGAUGUCAAGUUAGUGAACGACGUGGUGGCCAGCCGUAAUGAGCUGGUCAUUACUUUGGCUACUGAACUGCGUCAGGUCUUUCCUUACGAGAUGGCCUGGAGGCGUAAAAUUGACGACUACUUCAUCAAAUUUGAAGCCACGCUCAAUAACGCCACAGCGCGUGGUUACUCCACCAACAGACGGGCCUUCUACAAGUGGGACUACCUCGACUUCCUCCUGUUCAGCUUUCAACUCGUCACCGGACAAGGAUACGGGACGGACGUACCAAAGACGGAAUGGUCGUUGUUGCUCAGCAUUCCGUGCGUUCUGAUCGGGUUGCCUUUCAUGUGGCUCUUCCUGAUCGACUUGGGAGCCAAAUGGGCAGACACGUUAUCCAGUAGCAUCCAGCGCUUCCGCUGGAACUUGGCCCGACGCUAUCCGGACGUCGUCUCCUUACAAAACGACACGGGGAUGUUGCAGCUACCUCCGUCCCUUCGCCACCUGAAUCAAAAUGGACUGGAACGAUAUAAUGAAAAUGCACCGGUCAUCAGGACGUACCAAAAUGGAAAUGGCGGACGGAUGCUGCCUAAUGGAGAUGCUCAAGAUUCACGGUUCUAUUCUCACGCCCAAGAAGAGAAUUCGUCUACUGUGAGAUCAGUGUGGACAGUAGAGCCAGUGACAUUAGCCAUGGAACCGGAACCAUCCGCCAAAGCAGCGAAACUGUUGGACGUGCCUGCUGAUGAAGUGUAUCAUCACGCCACACCUUGGGUGGCAACUGUUUUCAUUCUUUUCUAUCCAUUUCUUGGAAGUUUAAUCUUUGGAUACUGGGGCAAUUUGCCGUUUACCACCAGUUUCGUUCUUCCUCUCACGUCUUUGAUACUCAUCAGCCCGCCCAUCUUGUUCACCAGCUUCUUGUGGAGGAGCUUGUUCCAUGUGUACGUCCUCAUUGGAUGGGUUCUACUGAUUGCAACCUUCUUAUUGUGGCAUCGAUCGUGGCGCGACAUUCUCAGAAACUGGGCUCAUGAUCUCAGCAUUAAACAUUCCACGAAGACUUACCCUCUUCAGAUGAGAUAA